GACUUCCGCUAGGACAUGAGUACGGAGUAAUUUGGCGUUAAACCUGAGCUAAAAGCGCGUUUUUUUGUUUCCGGUUGGCCACAAUAUAAUAUAAAGUCUUUCAAUGUGUGUAUUUUGAAUUUGUCCUUUUCUUUUCACUGUUGUAUUUUGACGGUUUUUGCGGUAACCUUGGCCCCGUCAGGAAACAUGUCAGGUCUGUGUCGCGGUCUGAAGUCUGGAUCUCUGAGGAGUCUAUCAGAAGAAACACUUUCUCGAUGCCUUUGGUUUGUUUCCAAACGCACCAAGUUUCACAAAUCGAGGAUACCGAAGGAGCUCUUGGCUCAGAGGUCACAGGAACAUGACAAGUACGGUGGUGACCCGGAGCAACCUCACAAACUCCACGUUGUGACGCGAGUGAAAAGUGUGAUUGGACGGCCGUACUGGGAGAAAGACAUGGUCAAACACCUCGGCCUCACCAAGCCUCACUAUCCUGUCAUCCACAAGAACACACAGUCGGUCAACGAUCAGCUCAAGUUCAUCAAGCACCUGGUGAAGAUCCAGCCGCUCAAGACUCCGCAUGGUCUCCCUUCUGAGCAGGACAUGGCCGACUCCUUCAUUAACAGCAAAGGAGAGUUGAUAGUUCGACGCCUGCUGCAGCCCGUGGACACCAAAGCUGUGGAGUCAUAGCAGCUUUGACUCGCCGUUUCAUUCUGUUACUGAAACCUCAUCUUUAUGUGACUCUUGAAUGAAAUAUUCAUGUUGAGUUUGGCUCCAAAACAACAACUGAAAACUACUGAAA